AUGGCCGAUAAGUAUGGAUCAAUCUUCACUAUCCGGCUGGGCAUACAUCGGGCUCUGAUAGUGAGCAGCUGGGAGAUAGCAAAAGAGUGCUUCACCACUAAUGACAAAGUCUUUGCCAGCCGUCCAAAAGCUAUAGCUGCAGAACUCAUGGGCUACAACUAUGCCAUGUUAGGGUUUAGCCCUUACGGUCCUUACUGGCGCCAAGUGCGUAAAAUAGCCACCCUCGAGCUCCUAUCAAACCACCGGCUUGAGAUGUUCAAAGACAUCCGAGUGUCUGAGGUAAAUACAUCUAUAAAAGAGAUAUAUGAGGUCUGGGUCAAGAACAACAACAUGUUGGUAGAGAUGAAGAGAUGGUUUGGGUCCACAACCCUAAAUAUUUUAUUUAGGAUGGUUAUAGGGAAACGAUUUGAUGGGACUGCAACCAAGGAUGAGAUUAAUGAAGAUAACGAUCAGUCACUACAAGAAAUUUGCACAUUAGCGGCCAACUUUUUAGCGGCGACACCAAAGUCGCCGCUAAAGACACAUCAUUAG